GAAAAUACGUGUCCAGACUCCAGCAACCAACCAUGCGCUUCAUUGGGAUCAUUAGUGCCAUCAACGAAUGUGUCACUUUGUUUCAGUGGGCCAAAAUUGCCGUCUCAUCUCUGCAUUCCCGAUGGAGUGGCUCACAUAACCAAAGUCUCCAAGACCGUGUACUGCAAUUCGAGAGUGGCCUACAACAUCUCCAGGAUCGUGUGUUGCAGUUGGAGAGUGGAAGCAACCAACAGAGUGUGGCAAAUCUACUUACUGAUCUCAAGGAUGCAGAGGCUGGAACAAAGGACCUUCUUGAUGAGUUCAGAUGGUACGAGUCAAAGAUGCAAGUGGAGGGCAAUGCAAGCCAAUCUCCUUUCAUGGAUUUCUUUCAUACCUUCAUCCAAGCCAGCAUCAACAAAGUGCAUGGUGUCCAGUUGAGGUUGAAUCAUGUUUCCAGUCAGUUGGAGAAUACGGGGCCUCGUGGAAUUACACGACGCUUUGACAAAUUAGUCUGGCCGGAGACCACCUCUUGGCCAAAUGAAACAAAAAUAUUUGGUCGUGAAAAGGAGGUGAAGCAAGUAUUGGGACUUCUUAAUGUAUAUGCAAAUUUAAAACGCAAGAGAGGAACUAGUUCAAUUAGUGCAUCAACAAGCGCAUCAGCAAGCAACCAAGUUAGUACUGAAUCAAGAAUAUCGAGUCUUCCUAUUUUGCCAAUAGUUGGAUUUGGUGGAGUUGGAAAGACUACUCUGGCCCAACAUAUCUGCAAUCAUCAACGAGUGAAGUAUCACUUUGAGCUGAUAAUUUGGAUUUGUGUCUCAGAUGACUUUGAUGUGGAGAGGCUAACUAAAAAGGCCAUACAAUCCUGUACUGGAAAGGAGGCAACAACUAAUAAUUUGGAUUCUCUUCAGCGUGUUCUCUCUGACCAUAUGAACAAUAAAAGGUUAUUGAUAGUCCUUGAUGACAUGUGGGAUGAUGCCUUGAAGGAAAAUGGGCAGUGUUGGAAGAGGUUUUGUGCACCUUUUACAAGUGUCCAAGAGGGAAGUAUGAUGUUGGUCACCACUAGAUGUCCAACGGUUAACAAGGGGCUGCGCACAAUGGGGCCCAUUAUAUUGGACAGUCUAAAGGAUGACGCCUUUUGGAAUUUCUUCAAAUCGUGUGCGUUUGGAUCUGAGGGUUCUACCAAUGAUCCUGAGUUAGAGUGCAUUGGUAGAAGAAUACUUCCUAAAUUGAAGGGUUCUCCUUUGGCCGCCAGAACUCUAGGAUGCGUGUUACGCAUGGAUCUUCAAGCAUCACAUUGGAAUUUUAUACUUGAGAGUAAAAUGUGGGAAUUGAGACAAGAGGAGGCUAACAUUUUGCCUGCCCUUUGGUCGAGCUACAUUUAUUUACCACUCUAUCUGAAGCAAUGCUUCACAUUCUGUGCCGUGUACCCCAAAGAUUACAGGCAUGCUUAGCUGAAAUUUGGGUAGCAGAAGACUUUGUGGAACCUCAAGAUGGUGUUCCAAUUCAAGACAUUGGCUGUCAGUAUUUUGAAGAUCUUGUAGCACGGUCCUUCUUUCAAAAGGUCCGUGGUGGAUACGUAAUCCAUGAUUUGUUGCAUGACAUGGCACAAAAUGUUUCAGAGCACGACUGCUUCAUAUUAAGAAAAAAGAGUGACUUUGAUAACGUUCCCCAGAAUGUUCGUCAUCUGUAUGUACUCCCUUGCAUGGACUUUGACGAUUCCAGCUUGCUGAGACUAUGCAAGUACACAAAGUUGCGUACCAUAAUUUGCGAGAAGAUUUUAGGGGGGCAAAUAGGUUCUAUAAUGGGCCAGUGGUGUACUAAACUUCCGCAUAUACGUGUGAUCUGUUGUGCCUCCGAGGAUGGUACUGGCAACUGGCAGCAUCUUCAGUGGAGCAACGGCUGUUUCAAAAAAUAAAGGAGCAGAGCAGAUCAAUAGAAGAAUCAGCCUAAGGUGACUGAAUCUCAUGGGCCAUAGCUGCAUCACUUGGAAGUUGGAACACCUGGGACAACGAGACACCAUGCCUUCGUCUCGUCGUCUCUAUCUAUCGGUCUGGAGCUGCAUCUCCUUUUUAGCAAUUUGGUUGUGUCAAUAAUUCCAUCUGCAAUCCAUAUUUGUUUAUGGUAAUAACUAUCAGUUCCCAGUUUGCACAAUCGUGAUAAGCUUGUUGUAGCGACAGAGAAUCACGGUGCAUCUCUAAGACAUGUCGUAUGUGUAUGCAUCUGUGUGUGUUUGGUGCAUCUUAACUUUGUAAUAUGUUUUAUCUCUAAGACAUGUGUAUGCAUUUGUAUGAAACGACAGAGAAUCUGCAUGAUCUUCUUCUGCAGUUUGUAUUGUUUUCUGGCUUGUGUUGUCA